AAUAAUUAGCAAGACAGGACAGGAUGGCCUGAGGUUUGUUGGUUAGCUGGCUCCUGCCUACUAUGCACAAGCCAGGAUUUGGCGGCAUGGCACGGCACGGCUAUUCUGCCUUCUGCACACUAUCCUGAACUGUCUCACUGCCUGCCUGUCAUGUCCUAGGAUACAGAGGCAUGCAUAGCCUUUUUACUGGUGCUGAAGAAUACAGGACCUAUGAGCCUUCCUACCCCCCCCCCGCCCCCGUUACCGGUGAAAGGCCGCAGCAUGCAUCAGCGAUGGGGACCACUGUUUGACCGGUGCUCAAGUGACGCAGCGCCCACCACAUCCACACGGAACACAUGCUUAUAAGUGCGUGUAUAGGUGCCCAAAUAUGGCGCUAAAGCUUCUCCCAGAAGACUUGAGCGAUGUGCCGCCGCACCUUGCAGACCGCUAUGAAGCCCAGGCGGGCAAGUACUGGGACAUGUUCUACAGGCGCAAUACCACAAAAUUCUUUAAGGACCGGCACUACCUGCACAAGGAGUUUCCGGACCUGGCUGCCGGGCCCGCCACUCUGCUGGAGGUGGGGUGCGGCGUAGGCAACACCGUGUUCCCCCUGCUGGAGGGAAACAGGCGUGGACGGUAGCGAGGUGGAUUUGGCACGGGUCUACCCAGUCUCUAA